AUGGCCGACGCAGAUUUGAAGCAAGCGAUUCUCCGGCUGACUGAUCUCAUCGCAAACCAGCAGCAGCAGAUUGCAGCUCUCCAGCAGGGUAACGCCAAUCAAGUUGGAAGCGAGAAGAUCAUCGAGUCACUCUCCACGGGAAUCGACGAGUUUCAGUACGAUCCAGACGGCGGCAUCUUCUUCGAUUCGUGGUAUGCUCGAUACGAGGACGUGUUCAAGGAGGACGGAAAGCAUUUGGAUGACAAAGCAAAGGUCAGGCUACUUCUGCGGAAAAUCGGCACGCAAUUCCACGAACGCUACGUGAACAGUGUUUUGCCGAGUCAUCCGCGGGAUUUUUCAUUCGAAGACACCGUCAAGAAGCUGAAGAAACUUUUUGGACGCCAAAAGUCACUCUUCAACGCACGCUACCAGUGUCUUCAAUACGUGAAAAAUGAAGUCGACGAUUUUUCGUCUUACUCAGCAUCGGUGAACAAGCACUGCGAAGCGUUCCAGAUCGGAAAGCUAUCCAGCGACCAAUUCAAGACGCUCAGGUUCGUAUGCGGUCUCCAGUCACCACGCGAUUCGGAUAUCCGGACCAGGCUGAUCGGGAAGUUGGAAGCUGAAGAAAACGCGCCGCCCGCCGACGGUGCCAACCUCAAGCUUGAAAACCUGGUUGAGGAGUGCAACCGCAUCAUCAACCUUAAGCAAGACACGCAAAUGAUCGAGAAAGGUUGUACGGACAAGUCUAAAGUCAACGCAAUCUCUCGUCAUCGUACUUCAAACGGAAAGGAGAAGAAGUCACCAAAAACACCUUGCUGGUUCUGUGGGGAUCUUCAUUAUGUCAAGGAGUGCCCCUACCAGACACACACAUGUUCAAAGUGUAAACGGAAGGGCCACAAGGAAGGGUACUGCUCCUCAUCCGAGAAGAAGCCGACAAAGCAGAUUGACAAACCCAAACCUAAGGACAUCGUCAAGUCUAAAGGUAUUGCGGUUAAGCGAGUCGAUCUGAAAGCAAAGCGGAAGUUCGUGAAAAUCGACAUCAACGGUGUACCAGCAAAGUUGCAGCUCGAUUGUGCAUCUGACAUUACCAUCAUCUCCAAACGAACUUGGACAUCGGUGGGUAAGCCUGUCACCGAGACAACGGAUGUCGCUGCUGUGAGCGCCUCGGGUGACGGCAUCGACAUCGUAGGUGAAUUCAACGCUGAAAUCACCAUCCAAGACGUGACGAAAGUGGGCCGCAUUUUUGUUACAAGCAAUCCGGAUCUCAACGUUCUGGGAAUUGAAACGAUCGAUCAGUUCGAUCUCUGGUCGGUUCCGUUCAGUUCAUUAGUCAACUCAAUCCAACAAAACUCAAUAGCAACAAUGCAGAAGCUGCAAGCGAAGUUCCCUGAAGUGUUCCAACCAACCCUCGGAUGCUGCACCAAAGCUAAGGUAACGCUCUACCCGAAGCCAGAUGCACGACCUGUGUACUGCCCCAAGCGACCGGUUGCCUACGCUGCCCUUCCGAAGGUUGAUGCUGAGCUGCAGAGACUUCAAGACAACGGCAUCAUCUCGCCAGUCCAGUUUUCUGAUUGGGCUGCACCUAUCGUCGUGGUUCGUAAAUCUGAUGUCUCCGUUCGCAUUUGUGGUGACUAUUCCACAGGUCUCAACAAUGCACUAGAAUCAGAUCGCCAUCCACUGCCUCAUCCGGACGAUAUCUUCGGUGAACUCGCCGGUUGCCGUUUCUUCUCCUGUAUCGAUCUUUCGGAUGCCUAUCUCCAGGUCGAAGUUGAAGAAGCUUCUCGGAAACUGCUAACGAUAAACACACACAAAGGUCUGUUCCUGUACAACCGAUUGCCACCCGGAGUCAAAUCCGCACCAGGUGCAUUCCAGAGGAUCAUCGACAGUAUGCUAGCCGGAAUUCCUGGAGUGAAACCGUACCUGGAUGACAUUCUAAUUGCUGGAAAGACCCAAGAAGAGCACGAUCGUAGUCUGAAUGAUGUGCUCCAACGUAUUCGUGAGUAUGGAUUCCAUCUGCGCAUCGAGAAGUGCCGUUUUUCACUUCCGCAGAUCAAGUUUUUGGGUCACAUCGUCGACAAGGAUGGUCUCCGCCCGGAUCCAACCAAAACAAGAGCAAUCUCUGAGAUGUCAGCACCAACGAAUUUGUCGCAACUGCGUUCAUACCUGGGUGCGAUUAACUAUUAUGGACGGUUCGUUGGACAGAUGAAGGAACUCCGAGCGCCGCUGGACUGUCUACUGAAGAAAGACGCUGCUUGGAAGUGGACUGCCGAUUGUCAAAAGUCGUUCGAUCGGUUCAAAUCCAUUCUGGUCUCCAAUCUCUUGCUGACACACUUUGAUCCUAACAAGGAAAUUAUCGUGGCUGGAGACGCUUCCAAGAAUGGGCUGGGCGCCGUCAUCCUACACCUUUUCUCCGACGGGUCUGUCAAGGCUAUCGCUCAUGCUUCAAGGUCACUCACUCCUGCGGAAGAAAAUUAUGGUCAAAUUGAAAAGGAAGCGCUCGCGUUGGUGUUUGCAGUAACACGCUUCCACAAAAUGAUUUUCGGUCGCAAAUUCGUGCUGCAAACUGACCACAAGCCACUCCUCAAGAUUUUUGGCAGCAAAAAAGGAAUCCCCGUCUACACAGCCAAUCGACUUCAGCGUUGGGCACUAACGAUGUUGCUUUACGACUUUGAUAUCCAGUUUAUCCCAACAGCAAGUUUCGGACACGCUGACUUGUUAUCACGUCUAAUGAGCAGCCACAACAAGCCUGACGAGGAGUACGUGAUCGCUGCUCUCCAAACGGAAACCGACGUAAAGUCAAUUCUCGAAGAUUCCAUCUCCAACUUACCUGUCACGUCAGAAAUGAUCGCCAAGGCAACUCAAGACGACCCAGUGCUUCAAGAGGUUAUCACCUUCAUCAGCAAUGGCUGGCCUAACAGAGCAAGCGAUAUCCGCACUCCAGCUGUUCAUCCGUUUUUCUCAAGACGCGAGGGUCUUCAAGUUAGCCAGGACUGCGUCAUGUUCUGCGAUCGAGUCGUGGUCCCUGAACGGUUCCGCAAACGCAUCAUCCGACAACUCCACCGUGGACACCCUGGAAUCGAUAGGAUGAAGUCACUCGCCAGAAGCUUUGUAUACUGGCCCAACAUCGACGAUGACGUUGAAUCGUUCGUGCGUCAAUGUUGUUCCUGUGCCACUGCUGCGAAAUCACCUCGUAAAACUACUCUUGCGUCCUGGCCGAUACCAACAAAACCGUGGGACAGAGUUCAUAUCGACUACGCUGGUCCAGUUGAUGGUUACUACUACCUUGUGGUAGUUGACGCCUAUUCGAAGUGGCCAGAAAUCUUUAGAACGCGAACCACAACAACCACGGUGACGCUGGAGAUUCUACAAGAAACAAUCGCAAGAUAUGGCAACCCGCAUAGUCUUGUGUCCGAUAACGGUACCCAGUUCGUUAGUAGCCGUUUCAAGCAAUUCUGCAAAGAAAAUGGUAUCCAGCACCUGACGACAGCCCCGUACCAUCCCCAAUCCAAUGGACAAGCCGAACGUUUCGUUGAUACUCUCAAAAGAGGACUGAAGAAACUUGUCGAAGGGGAGAAGGCAGUAAUGUUCCAGGAUCUGCAGACGUUUCUAUCGGUUUAUCGGUCAACACCAAACAGAAGCAUAGAUGGUAAGACGCCAGCUGAUCUAUUUCUAGGUCGACCGCUACGAACGACACUGGAUCUGCUGAAGCCGUGUCCUCCAAGUCCAACGCUGGUCAACGAAAAGCAAAAUUCCCAGUUCAACAGACGACACGGUGCGAUGAAACGAACCUUUGAUGCUGAAGAAAUGGUCUUUGCCCAGGUUCAUUAUCGUAACACAACAAAGUGGGUUCCAGGUCAAAUCAUCGAGCGCAAGGGUAACGUAAACUACACCGUGUUGCUCGAGAACGGACGACUCAUUCGAGCACACACAAACCAACUUCGACAACGAUAUGGAAGCAAUGCCGAUGCUGAUUCUACACCUGAAAAUCAACUUCCUUUGGCACUGCUGAUCGAUGAAUUCAAUCUUCAAGAUAUGAAACCUCCGGGUCCAGUAGUUCCUCCAAAAGAAGAUGAGCAACCGAUUCCUGAUGAUGAGCCGAUGCCUGUCGAUGGUGAACAAGAAGUUGUUGAAGACGACGUUAACGACGAUGAAUCUGAUGUUCCUAUUGAAGACUCUCCACAGCCCGUCAGACCAGAAGGAAGACUUCGUAGGCUCCCAGCAUGGCUUGCACCAUACGAUAUUUUCUAA